UCUUGUAGUUUUCAGCUCAUUGCGACUAGGUAAUGGUUUCCCAAAGCAGAAUGCAGUGCUGAACAAGAUACGUUACGGUAGUAAAAUGUCUCUACGCUUUGUGGUUUAUAUGAGUUAAAAGAAAUACUAUAACUGUUGCUGACAUUUGCUGCCGAGGUCUGAAACCGCAUGGGACUUUCAUUUAGACUUAGGCAUGCUUACGAACAAGCACGUUUUUACAUUUUAUGAAAUUUGACAAAGAUAUAGAUCUACAGCGGAUAUAAAUAAAUCUGGUGGUAAUCAUGUCUGUCAGUAAAGAAACCCAGUUUCCCGAAAACUUUGCCUGGGGGGCAGCAACUGCAGCCUAUCAGGUAGAAGGAGGAUGGAAUCUGGAUGGCAGAGGUCCCAGUAUUUGGGACACUUUCUGCCAUGGAAAAGGCCACGUCUUUCAAGCACAAACUGCCGAUGUGGCUUGCAACAGUUAUGAGCUUUGGGAAGCCGAUCUAAAGUGUAUAAAGGAGAUAGGACUGACUCACUACCGCCUGUCCCUCUCGUGGUCACGGCUGCUUCCUGACGGAACAACACACCAUAUCAAUCAGAAAGGAGUUGAUUAUUAUAACAAAAUUGUCAAUGACCUGUUGGCCAAUAAUGUCACUCCCAUGGUAACCCUGUAUCAUUUUGACCUACCACAAGCUCUUCAGGAUAAGGAUGGAUGGAAAUCUGAGCAGAUUGUGGAUGUCUUUGACAACUAUGCAAAGUUUUGCUUCAGCACCUUUGGGGACAGAGUAAAGCUCUGGCUUACUUUGAACGAGCCCUAUGUUUGUGCCACUUUAGGAUAUGAAGAUGGUAGUUUUGCGCCUGGAGUGAAAGAUCCAGGACAAUCUGUGUAUCAGGUGGGCCACAACAUGUUGAAGGCUCAUGCUAAGGCGUGGCACAGCUAUAACACCUUUUUUAGACAAGAACAGAAAGGCUUAGUAUCUCUGGCUUUGAACAGUGACUGGGCAGAACAUUGUGAUCCAAAUAAUCCAGAGGAUGUUGCAGCAACUGAAAGAUAUAUGGCAUUCAUGUUGGACUGGUUUGCCAAUCCUGUCUUUGUGAAUGGAGAUUAUCCGAUCAUCAUGAAAGCCCAGAUUGAGGCCAGAAGCAAAAUGCAAGGAUUCCCCAGGUCUCGGUUACCGGAGUUCACAGAGGAGGAGAAGCACAGGAUUAAGGGCACUGCAGACUUUUUCGCUUUAAACUACUACACUUCUCGCAAAGUGAAGUUUUCAAAAAGCCCUCCAGAUAAAGUGAGUUUUGAGACCGAUUUGGAGGCAGAAGGAAAAAAGGAUCCAUCAUGGCCCAUUUCUGGAGUUUCAUGGUUAGCAGUAGUUCCUUGGGGUCUGCGAAAGUUAUUGAAGUACAUUAAGGACACAUACAAUAACCCACCUGUCUACAUCACAGAAAAUGGUUUCUGUCAGCCUGACCCUGCACCCUUAGAAGACACCCAGCGCUGUACAUUCUACGAAGAUACACUGCUAGAAGUUUUGAAAGCCAUCCACCAAGACGGUGUUGAUGUAAGAGGCUACUUUGCGUGGUCCCUGCUGGAUAACUUUGAGUGGAUCUAUGGCUACAGUGUUCGAUUUGGAUUAUUUCACGUUGACUUUACCCAUCCAGAACUGACUCGCACAGUAUACAAGUCAGGAAAAGAGUAUUGUAAAAUCAUUUCAAGAAAUGGCUUUCAUACUGAAGAAGAAGGCUGAAGCUAGUCUGACAUUUUUAAUGUUGUAGGAAGUGCCAACAUAAACAUACCUUCAACCUUUGGAAGGGUGUACAGUAUGUUUUUCAGAACUGAUGGGGCCUACUGUUGGAUGAUUUAAAUAAGGCAUUAAAAUGGUCCUCAAAAUUUCCAUCAGUUCAUCUUCAUCUUCUUUAUUUCUGCUUCAGUAGAUGCUAUCAGUUCAUUUUUAAAACUUUCACCUCUGUAAAAAACAUAAUUCUGUCAGUAUAUUCGUAUAUUUACAGUGUAGGCUUUUUGAAUAUUUCAUGUUAAUAUUUGAUGUUUGAUUUGAUUUCAGCACACUUCUUCUUCAGAACAUUUUCAAUAAAAGCGCAGCUAAUAAGUGGCAAA